GGAGCGAUGAUGGCCGUGUCGUUCUUCUUCCUGAUGUGUGCUCAGACCGUCUUCGUGCGCAUCAUGGGUUUCAUCUUCUUUGUCGGGGUGAUGCUCGACGUCGUCGUGGCUGGGGAGGGGGCACUCGCCCGUCUUCCUGAGCCUCGCGGAGAACCUCAACUACUGGCCGACCAAGAUGCCGAAGGCCUGCAAGACCUGGGACUGAGCCGCGGCGCUCCUCCCGCCUCCCGCGCGGUGAGGCCGGCGUCCCUCUCUUCCCUCUUGUCCCUCCUUAACGCCGCCCAGACCUCUGAUGGUUUGUGCUCAGUUCUGCUGCCUGUUCUUCUCUUCCGCAUCUGCCCCGCGCAUGUGGCCCAGACCUCUGGCAAUUCGGACAACUUCGCACGGUGCUGGCGACUGGAACAUGGCUCGCGUCUCGCCGGAGGUCUGGGCCGGUCGCGCGCACGUGCGGGUCGCGAGCCUGCUCUGCAGCCGGGGCCGCCGCGUCGCUGAA